AUGGCUUCUGAAGCAGGUGACGUCGUACCAUCGACGCCCAUAUCGGGUGCUAUUCCAGCUCCGCAACCAUCCGUAGCCUCCAUCGUGCAGCCUCCAGCGGCUCCAACGGACGCAGCAUCGCGUUUCAGAGGCGCAUCCGUGGAGGAUCUUCAACUUUCGCCAGCCGUUUGCGUCGAUCUUCGAACGCCUUUGGGAUCCGCACUUCGCAUCGCUCACGAUCACGAUUAUUCUCAACUUCCGGUGAUGGAUGGACGUAAACCUAAGGGAUACUUGGAUGUGAAGGAAGCUGUGCAUCGGACGGGGACUGGUAAACUCAGCGCAGAAAGAAAUGUAUCGGAGGCUAUGACGAGGUUCAGAGGAGAAAGCGCCGGAGGUACCUUUACCGUCAUCACCCCCGACACUGGCUUGGCCGAGCUUGAAGCUUUCCUCGACUCGAACCCUUUUGCGUUUGUGACAGACGUGGAUCGUCAAUUCGUCAUCGGCAUCGCCACGUCGGAAGAUCUUUCGCGCUACAUUGCUCGCAGAGGCCUGACGCCGGCUCCUUCGCGAGCUGCAGGGGACAAGUCGAAUGCAGAUGCGUCGAUGGACGUUGAUGGCAAUCAGACGCCCACGGGUGAUCAGACGAGUACAAGGGAAGGCGACACCGUGUCUGUGAAGGGUGCACAGGCCAGCGCAAGUCAAGAACAACCUCUUUCGAGGAGGGCAGAGGAGGAGAGGAGAAAAGAUAGGACUUUGGGAGAGUUCUUGGGUAUGCUCGACGGCUAUGAUCCACUGAUCCCGGAUGAGGUCACGGAGCACUACUUGUCCAAAGUAGGCUUCGAAUGCGACGAUCAGCGCCUCAAACGCUUGCUGUCCCUAGCAGCCGAGAAGUUUGUCUCAGACAUUGCGACGGAUGCUUUUCAGUACGCUCGAAUUCGCACCAAUGCGGGUCCAGGACGUCAGCGAGCUGGCGCGAGCGGCGCAAGGGUGAGCCAAUGCACUUCUCGUCGCGCUGUGCGGGGAUACGAUCGAGCCCGUACUGUGCUGACCAUGGACGAUCUGAGCGCUGCUCUAGGAGAAUACGGCAUCAACGCUGGACGCUCCUUCUAUCAUUAG